UCGCCUGUUUUAUUCGCACUUCCCUUUCUCCCUUUCUCUGUGCUGUCUGUAAUAGGAGCAAUUGUCAGCAUGUAUGGAUUCAUGUGUGAGCUGGACUGAUUCCGGACAGACUCAGGUACCACUCAGGGGUCGCCCUGUCUUUACGGAUAUCUGCCUGCUGAGAUUCGACUGGGUAAACCUUAAUUUUGACAGACGGGUGAAGUUUCAAAAUGUGGGCUCCUGCGAUGGUGUUGACUAUCAUCUACAUUGUUCUACCAGGGACAUGCGGUAGCAAAUGGGUGGUUACUUUCUCUAGGAAAGACAUCUGCGUUUGGGCUGGAACCACUGUAACGCUACCCUGUCGCUACGACUACCCAUCUCCCUACAGCGCCAAGCAGGUGAUGUGGUUUCACAUCACGGCAGCGGGCAAGCGUGAUUUCGCCUACCAUACACAGGCCAGUCUAGUGAGUCCCUCCUUCAGGGACAGGAUCAAGUUUAUGGGGGGUUACAAGAGAUGCAGUCUGCAGAUCACCAACAUCAAACUAAGCGAUGGCGGCCAGUACCACUUUAGAUUCGAAACUGACCAUCAUCAGGGCAGGUGGACCUCGCCUGACUCCAUUACUCUUUCAGUAACAGAACUCCAGGUACAAGUGCAUCCAGCUCGAGUUGGCAACCUGUUUGCAUCAGGAGAGACUGUGUUUCUUGGUUGUGUAGCUCGAGGAUGUGCAGCUGCAGGCAAGAACUUUGCUCUCUACAGGAAUGGGGUCAACUUAGGCUACGUGGACAAGGUGUCGACAAUCUAUAACUUUGAAAGCCAGCAUGCUGGUUCCUACUACUGCAGACCUAUACCUCCUCAAAAUGUUCAGUCACCUGGCAUCACCCUUGCUGUUGGAUAUGCUCCCCGUCACACCAUGGUGCAGGUCAAUCCACGGGGGGCAAUGACAGAGGGUGAUUCGGUGACCCUGACCUGCAGCAGCGAGGGAGCCCCAGCCGUGGAGAGCUUUGCCUGGUUUCGAGAGGGCGAGAGUGGCAGCAUGCCGGACAGCUUUAAACCGGAGCUCCGACUCUGGAGUUUGGACUACAGGGACCAUGGCGAAUACUUCUGCGUGGCCCGCAAUUCCCUUGGCACUGAUCGCUCCCAACCAGUUCUGGUGAACAUUACCUAUUCUCCCAAGAACAUGAAGGUCCUCUUAAGCCCUGAAGGUGACAUUGUGGAAGGCUACUCGGUCAACCUGACCUGCCUCAGCAAUGCCAACCCGCCUGUGCAGAAGUACGCCUGGUACAAGGUGGGCGGGGGCCAGCCCUGGGCCAAGGACUUAUCCCAGAACCUCACUUUCCCCAGUGUGCGCUCACAUCAUCAAGGACAAUACUACUGCACUGCAUGGAAUGUGUUUGGCAUGGGAACGUCCUCCUCUGUCACUCUCUCUGUGCUGUAUGCUCCCAAGAAUACCUCAGUGCUGGCCCUCCCCUCCAGUGUGAUCGAGGCGGGCGGCUCGCUGACCCUAACAUGCAGCAGCCAGGCCAACCCAGCUGUGGAGAACUACACCUGGCACCGGCUCAACGCUGCUGACUCCUGGGAAACCCGAUCAGGCCCCAGCUACACCAUCGCUGAGGUCAGCGCUGGGGCAAGUGGCCAGUACUACUGCAAGGCCCGCAACCGCAUCGGCGCCCAUAGCUCUCCAAUCCUCACCGUCCGAGUCCGAGGCCGGCUGAAGGUGAUGGCGCUGGCGUCUGCAGUGGGUGUGUCCCUAGGGCUCAUCACGCUGACGGUAGCCAUAAUGAUCAGUAAGAAUAUGCACCAAGUGGACACUGAAGCACCAGAUGAGGACAAGCAGCUGGGAUCCCCAGAGGAGGUGGAUGCAUUGUUCUUUGAAUGUCCCCAAACAUUUCAACUCCGGAACACAAAAAUGGCGGACAUCCCAGAAGAGCCAGAGGACAUAUAUGAGAAUGUUCACCCUGCAAUCGUGCCCCUUCAGGAAGCCUUCGAGACUGCUGAAGAAGAUGGGAAUCCUGGGAAUCUCAAAUACAUCACUGUGCAUUUCGCCCAUAUGCCCAGUCUGGACCAGGCGCAGGUCACAAAUUUACCACUGGAUGGCACAAAUGAGCCUAAAGAGGGACCCAGUGUUGUUUACUCUGUACUGGCUAAACAGCCUUACCAGCAGUCUAAAGAGCUGCAUUUUUAGUGUAAUUUCUGACACACCAGUAUUUUUCACCCUCAUUCCACCAGGGUAUCUUUCAUGGUUUAAUGCCACUGAUUUAUUUAUUUAUUUAUUUUCUUUCUGCUUGAUCAAUUUCUGAGAAGGAAACAAAGUCAUUCAGGUUAUAUGAUGAAAAAUUGACCAUCCAUAGACAAAUAUUCCAAGAUUAUUUACCUGGUUUCUAGGAAAAACGUUAUACAGAAACCCAAGUUGGUAAAAUUGGCCAGCUUUCUUUAUUUCACAAUGAGCAUAUAAUUUGAUAACUGGAACUAUGUCAGUGGAAUUCUCCUUUAUUGGGUUAAGUGUUGAAUGAGCUUCCAGUUCUGGCAGAGCUUGUCCAGCUAACUCUCGAACCUCCUUUCAUAUGAGAUAUCCCAACACUCCAAGCCAUGCUGCUAUGGCUGAUGGGAAAUAGAUGUUUUUGCCAGUUAGAUUAAAAUGCUGCAAACCUCCCCAUGUUAGAACUGUUGGGUUUAACUAGCUGUUCAGGACAUGCUGAUUUCCAUGCAAUACUUUUAAAUCUGCAUCACAUGAUCACCUGUUAUGCUCACAACAGUCAUAUUCUCUGUACAUAAGAAGGAUUAUGAUUCCAAAACAAAACAGUGUAUUAAAACAUUAGAUUUUGUUUUGCUUCUGCCGGGUCUAUCCUAUCUAACACUAUUCUACUCUCUACAAGUUCUAAACUUUUAGGUAGGCUAGUAUAAAAUUUAGGUCUAGAUUCCAUGCUGUAGGGUAGUUGAUGUCACUUGCCUUAAAUGAUUUUGUCCCUUGCAAUAGACCACAAAUACCUCUCAGUAUUAAUGCAAAGUUAAAAAUAAUAGAUAACCUUGAUUGGUUUAAAAUGACUGAAAAUUAUGGUACUGUUUUGUUAAACUUUAUCUGCUGUUGAGAAUAUGUUGAAAGUAUCACAAACCUUUCAAUGCUUAAUGUACUAAUAACUAACAGCCUGUUUCAGCCGUUUAUGAUUGACUGAACGAUUUGUUUUGAUCUCCCUUCAUUAAAACAUUCUCCUCUGAUA